UCAUCAUCAGGGUAUAAACCUCCACCUGGUCAAUGUCAUCAGUCUGACCUCAGGAUCUGGAUGUUCAUGUGGUGGAGACCUACCUCUUCUUCUCCAUUCUCAGAGAAGGAAGACAGGUUAAAGAAUAGAGUGUAUUCACAUCUUCUCUUACUGCUACUGUGAGAGUUGAGAGACAGUGAGACAAAUCCUCAGAACUGCUCCACCAAUCACACAGAAGUGCUCGCGCCUCAUGAAGAUGGAUUACUGGUCUGAACACGCUAAUAACAAGUGGCUAAAUGAUGGGCUCUAUGGAACUUUGUGGAACAAAUUUAUUGUCAAACUGGGAUUCCUGGGAGUGCCUUCUGAUGAAGAUCAUCAAAGGCCUAGGGAGGAUGAGUCUGCCGAGGAACCGGACCCUGGAGAACGGCAUCACCCAGCUGCAUCACAUUAACAAUGGGGAACCUCCGUCUUCACUGCAAUUCCACCUCCAGAACACAGGCUCUGUGACCUCUGUGCCAGGGUCGCCCACAGGGGGGUCAGGGGUGGUGGUGCCACCCCCGUACUCAGUAGCGGGCAGCGUGGCGGGGGCUACGGACGCCCCUCUGGAGCUGAGAGGCUCUCUGGACUGCUGGGCGUGCUCAGUACUGGUGACGGCUCAGAACCUGAUCAUCGCGCUGGUCAACAGUACGCUGGUCAGUAUCGUGUUCGGCACCAUCAUGACCCCAGCGCUGGUCAUGGUUGUGUUUGGCUUCCUAUGUCACUCUACGGUGCAACCCAAUGGCACGUCCCUGUACUGUUCAGACCUGCUGGAUGAUGGUGGCUGUGUGGCCCUGCUGGUGGUGGGCUUCAUCCUGGUCACCCCCCUCCUGGUCCUGGCUCUGGCUGCCUACUGUCGCCUGGCCCGCCACCUCCAGCUGGGCCUCUGUUUCAUCCCCUACAGCAGGGCCGUCUACAAGAACCUGCCUGCCUCGCGCCAACGUGGAGGAGGCUUCUGCGGCCAGCAUGGGGCCUCAGAGGGGGAGGGCAAAGGCAGUGUGUGGGUGUGAGGGGAGGGAUAUGUUGACCCUAUCCACUGAUGCAGGGUCAGAUAACAUUUUCUUCCCUCUUAAGGUUAAGGUUAGGAUUGGGGAUCAAGUAAUCUGAUCCUAGAUCUGUAAAUAGAGGCAACUUCUACCUUGAGCAGGGAGGGAAGAAAUGUGAAGGAAAAACAGGGCAUGAGGGUAGUAGGAAAAGUUGAGGUGUGGACUCGUGGAGAUUAUGUUUAUGGACACAGUUAUAAUAUGCCUAUGAGUCUUGGGGGGGUGGUGGUGUGGAGGUGGAUCUUACAAUACACUGGUUUGUAGAUUGCAGAGAGCAAAGGUGAAGCUGUAAAAAUACAAGUAUGCUACAUGAAGUACUAUGAAAUACCACCUUAACUACACUGCAAUAAUUUGUUAUUAUGUUUGUUUUUUAUGUUGAAUUAUCCUGUACUAUUAAUAAAUUAUGUUUGUUUAGAAUCAAAUAUUUCCAUUAUAUCAGAAAAGGUGUUUUGUCUUCUAGAAAUAACUACAAGUGUAUCAGUUUCUCUCUGGCAUGAAAUGACAACAUCUCCCUCUAGUGGAGCACGAGAUUCCAACUGCCAUUACAUCACCUCACAAACCUGUGGAUUACCAAGGCUACUAUCUCUCUGAUGCCAUAUGGCAGCUGUCAAAUGUUGACUCUUUAAUCAAAGUUUUAAUUACAUAUUAAUUCCAAGCAAGAACAUCAUAGAAAUAUGUUAUACAGAAUGAAAACGCUUUUAUAGCAUAACUUCACUCAGUAACUGGAAGGGUUUGCUUGUAUUCACUUGUCUGGCUUGAAUAGAAUGAUGACAUUUGUAGAAAAUUUUACCAUGUGGAGAUACAAUAAAAUG